UCCUCCACAAUCUGUCGCCGAUAGUCUUGCUGCCCUAAAAUUCUUAUUUUUUUGUUUAUACUUGAAAAGCAGUAGUGGCUUUAUAAAAUUAAAACAUGUUGAAUGGACAGAUUACACACAGUUAUGUGGGCAACACAUGCAGCGUUGUGAUACCACAUCCACAUGCCAAGGAAAAACCAAGGUCCACGCCAUCGCCUGACACAGCGAAUGAUUGUUCUGCGGGAGGUGUGGUGGAGGCGGCGGGUGCUGCGAUACAUGUGAAUUUGGAUCGCAUAAGGAACGUCGAUAUAUUUAUUGGCGACAACGAUUUGUACUUUUACGCAAAUGUUAAGCUUUACAAAUUUCACAGCCGACGUACUUUCGACUUGAGGGGACUGAAAACAGUUCUCAUCAAAUUUGACACAACCGAGAAUUGCUACCAGUUGUAUUUGCGCUGCCUGCCGCCCGUUGCCAUUGUGGGUAGUGGCAAUGCAGCUGGCAACAGCGGCGUCGUUCCCAAACCAAAGACGGCGCGCAAAGAAUACAUUGCCGCGUUCCUUAAUCUACCAAAACUGGCGGACACCCUGCAGGACAAGGAGCCGCUAGUCCAUGAGUGGAAACUUAAGCGCAUCACCGAACAGUGCCAAUUACAGCUCGAUGGCGAUGAGACCAACUUCAAGCUGACCAGCCAUUUUGGCUAUGGCUAUGCCAGUCAAUACAACGGUCCACUGCAGACCAGCGAGCUGGACAAGUCGACAUGCCGUGUGCCAGAGCCGCAGCAGAUUAGCCCAUUGCAGCGACGUCUGGAGCGUAUUGUCGAUGAGAUGAAGCGCUUUUCGCGCGAACAGUACAAAAUGAACUUUGUGGAACUGCAGGUGCCAGCUGGUCAUCAGAAUCCGCUGCGCUAUAAGCCGAAAAUCUACGAGACUUCCAUGACACAGGAGCAGGCGCAUUUGCUGCACAAUCUAUGCAGCCGUAUACCAGCUACUGAUGAGUCAGCAACUGCAACCACGACUUCUUCCCAGUCCCAGUCCAGCCAACCCGAUCGUCAAGUGCAGAACGAAAUUGACUGUGGCCUGAUUAGCAUUGUGUUGGCCAUAUGUUAUGAUGUGCGCACAACUAACAACGAGCCAACCUGUGAGUCCGGAUGGACACGAAGCAUACUGUGUCCGCUCUUCUGUUACUUCGAAAAAUUCGACAACUAUCGAGACGUACUUGUGGCCUUCCUGCGUCGCGUUAUCACUUAUCCGUUGUAUCGAAACUUUGAGCUGGGCCGCCAGUGUGUUAAAGAUGCUAUCGAUGUGCUGAAGGGCGGUCGCAACUGGUUGAUCAAUCAGCUGCUGUUAACCCAUCAACAAUUUGCCAGUGGCGAGCCAUGUCGCGAUAGCUUCAAUAGCUAUUAUCUAGAGGACUAUAUACGCUACUUGAGUAAUGCGAAGGUGUGCAGCGAUGAGCAUCUGCGUCUGUUGGCGCGCAACGUUAAGAAUGUGUUGAUGGAUGUGAGCAAACGACAUUUGGAUCUGGGUGUCAUUGAAAUAGAGACUGAAUUGAUCAAGGAGCUAAUGCAGGAGAUGCGCAUCGAUGCGGGCAGUGGAAGUGAGUCUCCGUCACAACAGCAAAGCCAGCAGGGUGAUGAUGAAGCGGAUUUGGAUAACGAUACGUCCGGCCAAGAGGAUGAGACAACGACCGAUGAUGAUAGUGUUAUUACAGACUCCUUUGAUAGCAUGGAUUUGCGUCUCAUUGAGAACGAUGUCUAUGCCGUCGACGAGGAGGACGAAGGCGAUGUCGACGAUGGUGAAGAAGAGCAAUCGGAGGUUGAUGAUGAUGACGAUGACAGCAACUCAUCGACCACCACCACCAGCGAUGCCGAAGGCAACAGCGUCAUCGAGCAGUGCACCAGCAACAGCGAGGCAGCCGCAUCGGGCAGCAUCAGUGCCAGCGCCAGUGCCAGCACGAGCACCAAAUAGACAAUUCACAAAAUGCCAAAAUGUUCCAUGUUGUCUGUCCUGCCAUGCCUAAGCCAAUCAACCAACCAACAAACUUAAUGUCAAAGAACGGAGGCUAAACAGUGAUUACUUUUAUGCAAAAGCAAAACUUAAAAGUAAAAAAUACAGAAACGAAACACAAAAACACAAAACGUAAAUUGUAAAUUUUUAAAGAAGCAACAAAAAAAUAUUGAAAUCUAUUUAAAUAAUUAAUAAUGUACAUGAAUUUUAAAGCAAGAAAACACACAAAGAAAUUGUUCAUGCCAAAUGCGAAAGAAUAUUUGCAUAUAUUUUUUCCCUUUUUUUUGCUCUAAAAUAACUUAUAUUGUUCUUUAACAUUAAUUAAGAACUUUAGCAUUUAGCGUGGCAUUAGUAUAUGAAAUUUGAAUUUUGAAUUCUUUAACCCAAAAUCUAGUUGUGCAUUUUGUAUAUACAAGCAUAUAUAUUAUAUAUAAUUAAUAUACUAGUAUAUAUAUUUGUAUAAUAUAUAUGUUGUUGGUGCUGCAAGCAAACUGAAAUAAAAUAUGUAAUGGAUAAAUAUUCGUAAAUGGAGGCAAAGUCAUCUACAAUUUACCAGUUAAAGUUGUAUAAAUGUCAUAGAAAUCAAGGCCAAACAAAAAUAUAUAUUUUUUCUUAA